GAUUUCUUUUUACUCGGCUUUAACGUUGACGUUACUUGAGUUUCGUGCGUGUGAUUUUUUUUUUUUUCAAAAUACAGACAGAAUUAUCCAUUUUCACGCACCGGCAUGUUUUAGUACAGCGCAGUUAGUUACGUUUUCGAUUACCUUUCGCCCGUUUUCGCCAAGCCAUUAGUUUUAAGAGCAUUAAAUUCUCAAGCAAUUCAAAAGUGGUCUGAGCAACAGGCAAAUAAAAAUUCAAACAUUAACUCCGAUUCUGUGCAUUUUGAAAGCAAAAUUGUUCAAGUACAAGACAAUAGAUAGAAGCCAAAACAGUAAUUAUAGGCCACAAUAUACCUGGGCCAUUCGCCAAAUUCGAACAUUGCGAACUUUCGGACGUAGAAACCAUCCGGCGUUACGAUGAAGCCCGACCAGUUAAAUCGCUUGAUCAAAGUGAAUACCCGAAUGCAACCCUGGUUUUUGCGCAACACUAGCGAGUUGUACGAAAGUGCCGUUAGAUCCUAUUACGAGCGCGGCCACAGUUCACACAACCGACACCCACGUUUCCGCACCGAGAACGCUGGUCCUUUGCGCCGGAUCAAGCGGGCGGAGGCGAAGCCCAGUGCAAACGAUAUCUAUCCGCGCAGCCACAUCAUGCAGGCGGAUCAGGCAUCGGCGGCCAGCAAUGGCAAUUCCGGCCAAUUUCUGUACUCGAUGAUGCAGGCGAAUCGUUCGCGCUCCAUGUCCUUUACGGCGGCUCGUCCUUACGCCUCCGUUUACGGCCAGAGCUCCGUGCGUAGGGUCGCCAGUUCGAGCUGCUCCAGCGGGCGCAGUAGCGAGUCAUCCCGCACCGAGUUCCUGGUCGGAUCCUUGCGCAAAAACAAAGCGAAGCGGGAGCGCCAGAGCCGCUCGAUGCGCAAAAGCAGGGACUCCAAGGAGGAGUCCCAUCUGGUGGACAUGGGCAUGUUCAGUGGCCGUUCCAUGAGCAUGCCAUCCCGUCCAUCCGCAUCCGUUUUGGGAUCCGUAGCAAUGAUGCCGCCGAGCAGGCAACACCACAUAGCGGCCAUGGCGAAGAGCUCACUGGCGCAGGGCAUCCAAAUGCCGCGGACCGAUGGCGACUCCCUGAUGCCGGUGGAUGCCGCCCUCAAGCGUCGCAUUUCGGUGCUGGGCAAGCUGGACGGUGGACGAAAGCGGUCAGGACUCGGUCCACUGGGCAGUGGGGCGACCAGAAAUGGCAGCACCACCGCCAUAAACGGACAACAGCCGUCGGAGAUGCGCCACCGCUUCCAGACUUUGGGCGAUCGCAUCAAGCAGUUCGAGUACAUCCAGUUCGCCGACGGACCCGUGGCCACUUAUGCCUUCAAUCGGAGCCAGCAGAGACCCAUCAAUACCAGCAUUCGUGAUUCGCCACGGAGCCGGAUUGAGAAGAGCUCGGAUAUGUCAAUCAAUGGCACUACCAAUACCACCAGAAGCAACGCCAUGACGCGACGUAUGGAGGUGAGACAACAGCCGCGCCAGCUUAGCUUCCACAAUGUCCUGCACGCCAACUAUCGCCAGAGGAGCCGAAGCCUGGAGUCUGGAGCCGUUCAGCUGAGGGAAUCCCUCGAAUCCAUAGCGCGACCCGCCACUCCACGCGGUCCACGGGGCUUCGAUGGAGCCACACGGGGAUCCAGCCUGGACAGCAGCUCGCGGACUAGUUUCAGGCCCAGCAACUCGACAAUCACUUGGGAUAAUUCUUUGGGUAGAUAUGAAGUGCUCACAGAGACUUGGUUAAAGCCGGAGAUACUUAACUCCGAAGUCUUCCCAGAAGAAAUAGGUAGAAGGUCGGUACACGAUUUCGGAUAUGCAAAGAGUUCGGAUGACACAUCAGGCGAUUGGGAUGUUAAUCCAGGUGAAGAUUGGCCCAAGUACCCCAGAUCAAGUAGCCCAUGCGGCAAGGGUUUGAUAUCCAAUGUAGCAAAAUCAGACAACGCUUCGGUGGGUAACGCAACUGCCAGUAGUCAAAAUUGGGCAAUCCCGUCGGGAUCAGCGACAAAAUUACGCUCGAUUGAGGGAAAAGCCAAAGAAGAUGCUUUGGAAUCGACAACAGUGAAUUCGGAGCAUGGUAAAGCCAAUUCCAAUUCCGGUUCCACUUCCCACGACACUUCGCAAGCAAACUCGCAAGCGGCUUCAGUUCACGAUGAGCCCAAUAGAGCCACCUUGGCACCCGUGCGUCGCGUCCACCUGCAGCAACAGAGUCUGCAGAACCAGUCUGCAACCAAGGUGGAUGAACCCAAGCGCGAGGAUCUGCCACUCAGUCCCCUCGAGGUCAAGGACACGGUCAAGGAGAAGGCUAAGGAAAGGGUCAAAAAGAAGCAGCUGCUUGAGAGUCUGCAGGACAAGCCGCGAGUGACCAAGGUGACCAGCAACCAGGUGAGCCGCUCCAGCCAUCGAUCCUUCCUGCAGCCGGCCAAAGAUGACGACGUGACUGCGGCUAAUCUUUCCAAGAAAUCGCAGUCGCAUCCAAAGCUCGAGAAGAAGCCGGAAAGGAAGGCGAACCAGAAGCGGGAGGACAGAACUCCAGCCCAGGUCAAGGGAGCCAAUCAGCUGCUGGUGGCGAGUGCCUCGCAGGUUUCGGCCUACAAGCGUGCCUUCCGCACCCAGCAGCAGAUACGCAAGGCGGAGAUCCUCCAACAGCAGGCGCAGCAUCUGCAGGAGUCCCCCAUAAGUCCGACUGCCAUCGAGGGGUCCAGACAAACCGCCAAGCUGCAGAGCCACCAGGGCUCGAUACCACAAUCUACCUCUAAUCGAACCAAUGUUCGAACGUUGGUCAGACGCAGUGCAGCCAGUUCGGGAGGCAGGGCUUCCCCGUUGGGCGAUCAGCUGACAUCCAAAGCGGGAUCUGGAACUCAUUCUUCGUUGACAGCCAAGCCGAAAUCUAAUGGAUUGGUUCUGAAAACGAAGGGAUUAAAUAGAUCACAGAUGAAGACAGCAGCUGCUACUGCAACAGCAGCACCGCUAACAGCGAAGCGGACUGCGCAGCAUAUAGUGUUAACGGCAAAAACAACAACGAAAAGGGGCAAUGGAGCUGCGAUUUUUGGUGGAGGAGGGGGAAGGGGAGUUGGAGUUGGUGGAGCAGUUCGGAGAGCGGCAAAGGAAACGCUGACGGUGGCAGCUCAACAGCAGCAGCAAUCGCGUAACGGUAACUCGCUGCUUGGCUAUCGGCGCGAAACGGUUAACCGCGCAGCAGCAGCGCUGCUGCAGCGACGCGACGCAGACGAGCCGCUGUCGCAGUUGCAGUUGCAGUUGCAGUCGCAGUCGCCGUCGGCGUCGCAGUCGACGCAGCAGCGGCGCCAGUUUCACUGUCCCUAUCCCCCAUGGCGUCCCAGCUACUGAGUGUUCACUGUGUCCCGUUAUGCCGCCCGUGCUCAGUUACUACUCUCGCAAAUUGUUCCCACCCAUGAGCCAGACAGAGAUAAAUCCAAUGUAACGGUCAACUUAACAGUACAAUAAAAUCUCACGAAAUCAAUGUCUUUAAAAACAGCAAA